AUGAAUAAAGAAGACGCUGAUGCGUGUCUGAAGUUUGCCCAUGAGGCACUCCGGGACGCUGACCUGGUGAGCGCGCUCAAGUGGGCCCGAAAAGCGUGUCGUUUGCAUGAUAGCGCUGAAGCGCGGAGUUUACUCGAGACGCUUGAGAAAUCUGCUCGUCGAACAGGUUUUGUCCUGAACAGUGCAGACCAUGACCAAGCUGUGGUUGGUGCGGGAGAAGAUGACGCGGCGGGUGCCGGCCAGGUGCCUCCCGUGAACACCCACGACCGCAGAGGGCAACCUAGCGCUCCUGUUGAAGACGCUGCUGGUGCUGGUGCAUCGGGUAAGCGCGAGGCAGACGCGCACGCAAAGCACCAGCCAAGAUCCAACAAUUACGUGAACACAGGUGCUAGUCACUCAAACGGUCAUUCGCAGGCAGCUUCUGAAGAGGCAGCGAGCGCUGCUUCGCAUACGCGCACGCAAAAGCCGCAACCUGCCCAAACAUCGAGACAGCGCUCUAGCCGAUCUCCUUCGCAGCGACCUUCGACCUCACGCGAAGAUAUUGCAGAAAUACUGAAUGCUCGAGAUCUCUACCGAGUAUUAUCUGUGGAGCGAAACGCAUCUGACGACGACCUUCGCCGUGCCUAUCGCCGACUCGCAUUGCGCUUUCAUCCGGACAAGAACAGCGAGCCGGGCGCCGACGCUGCGUUCAAGCGCAUUGCACACGCUUUUCAGACGUUGUCCAACCCGGACCGGCGUCGACUCUACGAUCAGACUGGCAUUGACGACGAGCAGUCUGCGCUGAGGUACCAACAAGCACAGGCUCAGGCAGAGCACCACGCGGAUGUGUUUUUCAUGACAGGCUCGUCAUCUUUUCACGGCGCACGUGGUGCCCGCAUCUAUACCCCGGACGCUUUUGACGGUUUCUUUUUUGGACCUGGAGAAAUGAGUGCCGAAGAGCUUUUUGAGGCGUUCUUCUACGGCGGCUUUGGGGCCGGCAUGCCCAUGUCGUACUUGGCACAACGCCGGGCAGCGUUUUUGUCGCGAGCACGACAACAGCGCCAACGUGGCCACCCGUCCGCAGCGGGAAACGCGGGUCAUGCUCGUCGACUUGGCAUGUUUUGGCACUUUAUGCCCUUUCUGAUUUUUCUUUUCUUACCGUACAUACUCUCCGCACUCGCACCUCUGCCCAGUUUUGUACUGGAGCCACAAGGCGCGUUUCGUUGGGAACGACGCACCACGGACACCAAUCUUCCGUAUUUCGUUCGCGAUGAAGCGCAUAAGCGACAGAAGGAGCAGCAUAUCGAACUUGAGCGCAGGGUUGAACGGGAAUGGCUCCAGCGAUACGCCGAUUCAUGUCGCGCAAGACGGCGGGAACAGGCGCAACUACUUGGCUUUGCUCGACGCGCAUGGACACAUCGCUCGCGAACUGCUUACGAGAAUGCUGCCGAGGCCGUGCCAAUGCACGAUUGCGAAUCCUUUGAGCAUCUACGUCUUAGGUUAGCGAACACAUCCCGUUCCCGUUGA